AUGGCGACCUCCGUUGAUGGGGUGGACUCGAAGCGACGCGGACAAGUCGUUCGGUACGCUGCUCCAACGGGCUUCGAACAUCUCCAUCGACAUGGGGUUGGCCGCAGCGUGGUUGGAGCGAUUGGAGGCGCGACCGGCGCCACCGCCACCACCACCGCCACCGCCUCCGCCCUCGAAGACCUUACCGCUUCCUCCCGCGGCAGCGGUGCUUCCUCACGUGGUUCAGCCGGCGCACAACGUGCUGGAUCUGAACCGUGCUCCAAGUCUCUCGCCGCACCCAUCUGCGUCGAGCGGGGAGCAACCGCCCAACGGGCACUGCACGCCUGGCGAGGGGGUGUUGGGACCCUACUCGCCACCGCACCCUUAGGGCUUUGGCGUGACCAGUGUGAAAUGUAUUUCGAGGUUUAUGUUGUUCACCCUGCGUUGAAGACACGGUGUGCGGCGCUCAAUUUCAUUGCCCCUGUGUCGACAUGGCUUCAGACAAUGGAAUGUCGUGGGUGUAUUGUUGAUUGGUCAAAGCUCUGUGAGUUGGUGUUCGCGAAGUAUGACAAGGAUCAAUACUCUUUGAUGUUGAGACAAUUAGAUGCUCUGAAGCAGUCAGGCUCUGUGACAGAGUAUCAGCAUCAUUUUGAGGAGCUAGCUCAUGGUAUUAUCUUGUACAAUCCUGUAUUUGAUGAUAGUUAUCUGGUUACUCGGUUUCUUGGAGGCCUGAGAGAGGAGAUCAGGUCGGCUAUCACCUUGCACCGACCAAAGGAUGUCGACACAGCAAGUGCUUUAGCUCUGUUGCAGGAAGAGGAAUUGGAGAAUGCAAGGAAAAAGAUAACAACCAAGGAUCAGAACAGGCAUGGUUUCAGACCCUUCACUCCAGCAGAUAAACCCAAGGCAGCUGAGCCUGACAAAUUGAAGUUGAAGCCUGCUGAUGAUAAGUUGGGUUCUUUGAAAGCUUACAGAAGGCAAAAUGGACUAUGUUUCAGAUGUGGAGAGAAGUCGGGCCCUGGACUAGAAGAAUUGUUGGAUGCUUUGGAUGAUGAGAGCUCCCCUGACAGUCUUUCUGCUGAAGAAUCCAGUGAGCUAGAUGGGGUUCUGGCUAUUGGUGACAAAACAGAUCAUUGUCAGCAUAAAAGAAAGACUAUGAGACUGAGUGGCUUCAUUGGUAGCAUGGAGAUUUUGAUUUUGGUGGACUCUGGUAGUGUUGGUUCCUUCAUCAGUUCAAAUGUGGCUGCUCAAUUGAAGAAUCAGCUACAAGACUGCCAAGAGGCACAAUAUGUGACUGCUGAUGUUUCACCAAUGGUGUGCUCUAAAAGGAUUCCCAAUCUUACUUGGUCCACUCAAGGCCACACAUUCACAUCUUCUGUUGGAGUUUUGCCUCUGAGAUGCUAUGAUAUGAUCCUUGGAGUGGAUUGGCUGGAACAUUGCAGUCCAAUGUGGGUGCAUUGGACCAAAAAGAUCAUGCGGUUUAUGCAUAAUGACACUAGAAUAACUCUGAGAGGCGUUAGACAAGAAGUUACAAAGUGUUCUGCAGUCAGUGCUGGUAGAUUCAAGGGAUUAUUGAGAAGACAAGCAGCUACUCAUUGCAUUUAG